AUGUCCGCGUCGCGAUCACCAGAGGACAUCGAUAUUGGGCACGUGCUGCUGGAGGCGCGCACGCGAUGGCUCAAGCCCGUCGAGGUGUGCAACAUCCUGCAGAAUUUCCGCAAGUACGAGUUCCAGCUCAACCAAGAGCCGCCCGCCAAGCCGCCAAGUAAGGGUCGUCGACCGUUGGCCCUCGGGAUCUCCCCACUCCCCUUCCCCACCCUUCCUCCCCUUCCCCCUCCCCACCUCCCCCCCCCCUCCUCCCUCUCUGGCCCCCACUCCCUCUCCCCCGUUUUAACUUACAUUCAACCAUCUCUGUACGAUGAUGACGUGGCACGGCUGCGCGCAGGCGGAUCGCUGUUCCUGUUCGAUCGGAAGGUGGUGCGAUACUUCCGCCGCGACGGACACGUGUGGCGCAAGAAGAAGGACGGCAAGACCGUUCGCGAGGCGCACGAAAAGCUCAAGGCGGGCAGCGUGGACAUUCUGCACUGCUACUACGCGCACGCGGAGAGCGACGACCGCUUCCAGCGCCGCUGCUACUGGCUGCUCGACGGGCAUCUCCCAACCUCGUUUCGCCGUGUCUCCCCUCCCACCUCCCGCCCCCCCAUCCUCCAGGGCACGGGGCGGGCGCAGCAGUCCCCCCGCCACAGCACGGUGGACUCCGUGCCAAUCUAUACCGCCCAGGGCCCCGACAUGAGCAUAGACGACCUCUCCGCGUCCGUGGGCGGCGGGGUGAGCGGGAUGGGAGGCGGCGGAGCUCGCAGCGCGGGCAUGGCGCUAAUGGGCGGGGGAAGCAGCGCGGCUUUAGCGGGUAUUGGCAGCGCCAGCGCCGCUGGUGGUGGUGCUGGUGGCGUUGGGGGUGUUGGGGGGGCGGGUGGGAUGGGCAUGCAUACCCCUUCCACUAGUCGCUCUGGCAGCGGCCGCAUGAUAGGGCUUCCCUACGCUUCCAGUUCCGCCUCUGUGGGCGGAACUGCUGGCGGCGGGGCGGGCGGCGGCGGAGCAGGCAUGGGGGCGGGCGGAAGGGGCGGGGGCGCGUUUUCCAUGGAUAUCCCCGCGUCCCCCAGCCACGGGAACGAGUACUGCUCGUCGAACGCGGGCGGGAACGAGUCCGGGGCGUUCGUGGGCGGGGGGAGGCGCGGGGAGGAGGGCGAGGAGGAUGAGUAUGAGAGCGGUUCAGAACGGUUUGGUGAGGAGGGGGAUUCGGCUCUGAACUGGACGCAGCUGGAUAUGCAAGGCGGGGGAGGGAGGGGCGUUGGUGGUGGGAUGGACGAUGCUGGGCUGGGUGUGGGUCAGCAGCAGCAGCAGGCGGUGCAGCAGCAGCAGUUGCGGCUGCUGCAACAGCAGCUGCUGCAGCAGCAGCAGCAGCAGGCGCCGCAGGGGCAGCAGGGGCAGCAGGUGGCGGGGGGGAUGACGGAUUUCAUGGGGCUGUCGUCGCAUGGCAGCCUGGGUGUCACGGGGCCGGCUGAUCCCCUCUUGCAGCAGGUGAGUCGAGUUGUGAGUCAACCCAAAGCAGCUGAUCCCCUCUUGCAGCAGGUGGGUCUCACUCUCCCUCUCCCCCUUCUUCCUCCCCGUGCUGCACACACUUUGUUUGAGAUUGAUUUUGAGAAUUCUCAAAAUCAAUCCCCUCUCCUCUCCCUCUCCCUCUCCCCAUUCUUUCCUCCCGUUGCUGCACACCCUCCCCCCUUCUCCCUGCGCUCACCUCCCGUCUCUCCCGUUCCCUCUCAUACCCAUUGUUCAGAACAACCAGCAGCAGCAGCUCUCGAGGCUGCUGGAGCAGCAUCAGCAGCAGCAACAGCAGCAGCACCAGCAGCAGCAGAGGGACAUGCAGUCGCUCCUGCGAGACACAGUGAAGCUGUCUCAAUGCAUGCAGUCGCUCCUACAAGACACAAUGGUGUUGGACGAACUCACCCCCACCCACCCCCGCCCACCCCCGCCCACCCCCAUCUCCCCACCUCCCCCCGCCUAAACACCCCCCACAACCUGCUGAACCUCCACCUUCCUGCAGGCUCGUUCGGAGCCGAUGCCUCUGCAGCAGGCACAGGUGCUGCUGGUUCCGGGACUGCAGCAUCGCCAGCAGCAGGGCCGGCAGCAGCAGCGGGCGCAGCAGAGGCGCAGCUGAACUCGCUCAUGUAUGCUCGCUCGGGCUCCUCGGGCCCACACACAGACCUGUCAUCCCUCCUCCUGCAGACCCUUCCUCUCAACGAGGCAGGCAGAGAAGCAGCCUUCAGCGGAGGCGGCGCCUCCGGCUCCCCCCGAGCCAUCGCUGCCGCCACCGCCGCUGCAGCCGCCGCCAUAGCAGCCGCCGCAGCUCCGGCCGUACCUCCCGAGAGCUGGCUCGGCGCGUACCCUCCGGAGCUCCGAAGCUCCGGAGGCUCGGGGCGGCCGGGGUUCUCCAAUAUGUUUGAUGAGAUGCAGACGGAUGGGGCUAACAGGAGCCUGUCUGGUUUCCCCCUGCCGCCCAGCGGCAGCAGCAUGCCUAAGAGUGGGAGCAUCCCUCAGAGCGGCAGCAUGCCGAACGAACCAGCAAUGUUUCGGAAGCUGGACAGCUUUGGAGAGUGGAUCGAGGAGGUUUAUAAAGGGGAUGCUGGUGCUGGUGGCGGCGGGGGAGCAGGCGGGGACGGGGCGGGAGUGGGAGAGGACGCGGUUAUGGGGGGUGGUGCCUUUCCUCUCUCUGCAUCUGGAGCUGGUGGUGGCGGCAGUGGUGGCGGCGGUGGCGGUGGUUUUGGCAGCGGUGGCGGUGGUUUUGGCAGCGGUGGCGGUGGUUUUGGCAGUGGUGGCGGCGGUCCUGGUGGUGGCAGUGACGCGUUUGACAUUAGAAUCCAAGCCAUGCGGCGAUCUGCCCCCACGCCCUCCCCUCUCUCCUCCCCCGAGCCCUUUCCCUCCUCCCCCACCUCUUCCGGUAUGGUUUCCCCGUCGUUUGGAGCCGGCGAGACGGGGUUGGAAAGGCAGGAGGUGAGUUUCAAGCUAGGGGUGAAGGAGGAGGCGGGAGGGGACGGCGAGGAGGAGCAUGGUGUAGGGCUGGGGGGCAGCAAGUAUGACCUGUCCUUCAUGGGUGCUUCUCCCAUGCUCCCUCUUGGUAGCACCGCUCCUGCUGCUGCUGCUAGUGGUGGGGUGUCUGGCGUGGGGGCGGGCGGAGGAGCAGGAGGAGCAGGGGGAGGAGGAUGGAGAGGGGGAGGGAGCGUCGGGGGAGGAGGUUGGGGAGGGGGAGGGAGCGUGGGGGGAGGAGCAGGAGCAGGGUUAGGGGCGAGGAGGGGGAUAGGCGGCGGGGUGCUGUCGAUGGGGGGCAUGGGGUCGGUGGCAGCAGCAGACUCGCCGCGCCCCAUGGUGACCUUCUCCAUUGCCGACUAUGCUCCCACCUCUGCUGCCACCAUGGGGGGCGUCAAGGUGAAAAGGAGACCUGAUGGUGACCCUCUGCGGCCGAUGGUGACGUUUACCAUUGCCGACUAUGCGCCCACCUCUGCUACCACCAUGGGGGGCGUUAAGGUGUUGCUAGCAGGCUCUGUCCACGACCCCAGAGGCACCCCAAGCCCCCACACGCGCUCCUCCCCCCGCGGCAGCUUCUCAGGCAGCGGCAGCCUUAGCGGUGGCGGGGGCAGUUUCGGUGCUGGGGGGGGUCUUGGGGGGAGCGGGCUUGGGGGGACCGGCAGCGGGAGCUUCGGUCGGGGGGACACAGUGUGGGGCGUGCGGUGGGGGGUGACGUUUGGAGAGGUGGAGGUGGAAGCUGAGCAGGUUGUGCACGGUGUACUGCGGUGCGUGGCCCCCAUUCACAAGCAGGGGAGGGUUAGCCUGCGUGUUACCUGCACCCCUGCUGCUGCUGUGACUGUGACUGCUCCUGGGGGUGAGGGAGAGGGUGGUGGGUCUGCAGGUGUGGAGAGUGGGGGAGGCGGAGGGGGUGGAGAUGCAAUGAAUCAAGACAUGGCAGUAGCAGGGGGGGGUGGGGGGACGGGGGUUGGAGCAGCAGGAGGAGGGGUAGGAGGGGAGGGAGGCAAGGCGGUGAAGAGAGUGCCGUGUAGCCCUCCUGUUCCCUUCGACUUCCUCCCUCCUUGGCAGUCAUUUAAAAAGAGCCUCGCUCUAGACCGAAACAGGAUCAUUGGCAAGAGUGGUCUUGGUGCUGGUGCUGCUGCUGGUGGCGCUGCUGCUGGUUGUGGGGGUGGUGAAGGGGAUGGUAGCAGGCCGAGUUUGUCCCGUUUGUUUCUCUCUGAACGCGCUCUGCUCUCCCGCCUCCUCUGCUUCAUCUCCCGCAUCAACCGCGCCAGCCUGGCGGACGUCAGCGCUGACUGGGCGUGGGUGGAUGAGGCGCUGGCGUCCACGUCAGCAGCAUGCCCGGAUGAAGCGGAGUGGAGGGGUAGGCUGGAUGGGAACAGGGGGGGGGAUUUGGCAGGGAGGGAGGGAAUGGGGGUGGAUAGGGAGGAGGAAGAGGAUGAGGAGGAGGAUGAUGAGGAGAGAGAGAUGAGCAUGUGGGGCUAUGGGAGUGAUGAGGAGGACGCAGAUGAGUAUGCUCUCAGGCUGCAAUGUCAAGGAGGUGCCGAUACAGAGAAAGGAGGAGGGGGAGGGGGAGGAGGAGGAGUGGAGGGAGGAGUGGCGGGGGUCCAGGGGAGUCCAGUGCGGUUGGAAGGCGUGCUGCUGCAGGCGCUGAUGCGGAAGCAUCUGGGCCGUUGGUUGGCGCUGAACAGCGAUGCAGCGAGGGAGGCGGGCAGGAGGGGCAUGGGGCUGGGGCUGGGGCAUCUGGUGGCGGCACUGGGGUGGCCGUGGGCUGUGCCUCUGCUCAUGGCUGUGGGGUGGGACCUGAACGCGCGAGACAAGAGGGGGUGUACGGCGUUACACUGGGCUGCUGCUAAAGGGAGAGAGGCAAUGGUGGUGGCACUGGUGGCUGCUGGCGCCAACUCCUCUCUGCUCGCGCGAGUGGGAGGGGCGGAGCGCACAGCAGCAGACACCGCAUCAGCAUGCGGGCACACGGGCAUCGCGGCGUAUCUAGCAGAGUCAUCUCUCAACGCCUCCCUCUCCUCCAUGACCAUUCAGGACCAGCACCAGCUGGCCACCGACCCCUCUCUUCUCCAAUCCGCCGCUGCUGCCGGUCACGCAGCCGUGGCCGCAGCAGCAGGUGCCAGCAGUGGCGGCAGUGCUGGUGCUGCUGCUGCUGCUGGUGCUGCUGCUGCCGGUGGUCUCCCGGGGACGGCUCGUCCCGCUGCUGUUGCCGCAUCUCCCGACAUGCAGGAAACGCUGGAUGCGAUCCGAAGAACGGCGCAGGCCGCAGCGUUGAUCCAGGAGCGGUUCAGGAAGCACUCGGAGCGAAGGCGCCAGCAGCAGGAGGAGGAGGAGGAGCUUAGAGAGCAGGAGAGAGCAGUGGCGGCUGCAGCGGAGGCAGCGGCAGGGCUUGGGAUUGGAGGGGAUGAUGAGUUGGAUGAGGAGGAGGCGAGGAUGCUGGUGGCGGCGAGGAAGAUUCAGAACGCGUUCCGAGGGCACAAGACCUUCAAGCAGUCGGAGGCGGCGCGGAGCAUUCAGAGGCGGUUCCGCACGUGGAAGCACCGCAGGGAGUUUCUGCGCAUGCGGCAGCGCGUGAUCAAGAUUCAGGCGCAUGUGAAGGGGCACAUCCAGCGAGUAAAGUACAAGAAGAUGAAGUGGGGCCUGGGGAUUAUUGCCAAGGCGGUCCUGCGCUGGCGGUUCCGCCGCAGUGGCGUGCGGGGGCUCCAAGCCCAGCAGGGAGACUGCCACUCCGAUGCGGAUGGUGCGCUGUACGGGAGUGAGGGCGUGGAGGCGGGGGGUGGGGAUGGGGAGGAGAGAGAGGUGAGUCUGGCGUUCAACUCACCCACUCCAGACCACACGCACUUCCGCGCGUUCCUCCCUUUCGCUCCUGCCAUGGAGCCUCUCCCCACUGUAGGCUUUCCGCUUUUCGCCGACUCGUUACACGCAAACAAACGCCUUCGAUCCCUCUCAUCGUCCCCCAUCUCCGUCCCUCCAGCGGCUCUCCUCGAUACUACGCUCAGCCUAUCCUCUACUCCGAUCGUCUCUCCCCCACCGUGCCCGCCGUGUAACGGCGCGAUUUUGGAACGUUCGCCGUGUGACGACAACACCAAUGCCGCGCUCCCCUUUCUCGCAAUGCUCCGCCGCUUCAAGCCCCAAACGCAAUCCCCGGCCGCCGCAAUUCCCCAGAUUCCUCGCGUCCUCAGCGCCAGUCCACUUCGGCGGACCAAUGCGCCACUCCCCGCGGUUCCUGCAGCUCCCGCCGCUGCUCCCGCCGCUCACCCUGCACGCUGUCCGCUCCCGCCUGUGGAGGCCCUCCGCCGCGCCGUGAAGCGCUCGCACGCCGCAGCCCGACUCGACGAGGAGGUUACCAGCCAGCUUCGGUCCACCUAUCCCUCGGAUUGCCCCUUGCAAGUCCCGUCAAACGCGCUCGAGGUCGGUGCCGCGGCGUCGGGACUCCCAGCGGUACUUCCGUGCGACGCUGGCGUGGCGGAGCGGCUCGUGAAGUACGACAGGCUGACGUCGUCACUGCGUGGCUCUCUGCCGCCCGCGAAUCUCGCGCAGUGGGACGCGGCGGUGGGCAAGCUGAGGGAUCGCGUCGCGAUGAAGGAGGAGUUUGGAAACGACGUGAACGGGUUCCUUCUGUUUCUCCACGCGCAGCUCGGCGCGCAGCAGCCGUCAGCGCGCAAGGCGCUUCAGCUGUUCGCUGCGUUCAAGCAGGCGCAGAGGCAGAGGCAGAACAUGGGAGCUACGGUGGCAUCUGAAGCGCCGCUGCCGCCGGCGGCUGCGGCGGUUUCGCGCCGUGUUUCGGCACAGGCUCCCGAAACUGACGACGAUACCGCUUCCGUGUGUAGCAACGAUCCCGAAUCUGAAGGCUCACAGGCUGAGUCAUCCUUUAUUCGCCGUGACUCAUCCACAUCGACUUCCGUUCCUUCCGCAAGCGGGUGUCGGAGUGACGUGUGUUCGCAGCAGCUGAAUGUGGAACAGCCGAGGCUGGGUCAGCCAAGGGUCGACCUUGGGAUUGACGUGACGUGUCCUGCUGCUGUGAAGAAGAUGCUUUUUGAACUCCAGUCCGCAGUGGUUCAGUUGGAGAGGAAUGCCGCGAUGGACGCGCGGAUCAAGGCAGAGAGCCUUGCCGUGUUGCGGACCGCGCAGGGCCACUUAUUAUCGCGCCUCGCUACUGUUGUCCGCUCGGUGUAG